AUGGAUGAUCGCACUAUAGACUCGAUAUUUCUGGGCUCCCUGGAGUCCCUGCCGCCGGUUAGUUCGAAGAUUGUGCGUAUUUUUACCAGCUCCACGUUUACGGAUACCACAAUGGAGAGAAACACACUGAUGGCCAAGUGUUAUCCCAGAAUCAAGGACUAUUGUCGCGAGAAGCACGGUCUCGAAUUCCAGGUGGUCGACAUGCGUUGGGGUGUUCGAGAUGAGGCCACAGACGACCAUAUGACCACGGAGCUUUGCAUGCGUGAGAUCAAAAAUUGUCAGCGUCUAUCGAUGGGACCCAAUUUCAUUGUGUUUUUGGGCCAAAAGUAUGGUUACCGGCCCAUACCCACAUACAUAGUCUCCUCGGAGCUGCAGCUGAUAUGCGAGGAGCUGACAUCCAUGGGCGUGGAUCGUGCACUGCUCGAUCUGUGGUAUAAAAAGGACAGCAAUGCCGUGCCGCCCAUAUCAGUGCUGCAGCCCAUAUCUUCGAUAUUGAUUAACUUUAACAACAAGCGCGUGCCCAAGCUUCAGGCGGAGGAUCAGGCCGUCUGGUGGGAUACGCUAAACAAGAUGCAAAAGCUGCUGCGUAAGGCCACCGCCUCGCUGGGCGCCAGCAAUAAGAUGUCCAAGGAGGAUGUUCACAACUAUUUCAUGUCGGUUACGGAGAGGGAGGUGAUCAAUGGCGUUUUGAAUGUGAAGAAUACCAAGAAUCAUUGUCUGGCCUAUGUGCGCUAUAUAAACAAUAUCAAUUUGCAAAACUUGAAGAAGGCCUCGCUCUUUGUGGACAUUAUUAAUCGUAGCCUGGACACGGAGUCUGCCAAAUUACUGAGUGACCUAAGGGAUACGCGCCUGCCCGCCAAGAUCGAGGCGAGCAACGCACAAAAAUACACUGUGGAGUGGAUUGGUCGUGAGGGCCUAGACAUUGAGACGCACGAGGAGUAUUUGAAUCAUUUCAUUUCGCACUUCUAUAAGAACGUUGUUAAGCUCGUGGAUAGGGCCAUGCGCAAAGAAGACUCCAGUGCACAGGGGCAGAUAGUAACUGAGAUCCUUCAGCAUUUGCAUGCUUGUAACAAUUCGGUGAAAAUCUUUUACGGCCGCGAAGAAAGUUGCGAACGUAUCAAGCGCUAUAUGCUGGGGGAUUCAGAUAAGCCACUUGUCCUUUUUGGCGACGGAGGUUGUGGAAAAACUUCCUUGCUGGCCAAGAGCGCCUCGCUGGUAGCCAGCGAAUGGUUUGCCGAUAAGCGACCCAUCAAUAUAAUCCGCUUCCUAGGCACAACCCCGGACUCGAGCGCCUUGACGGCCACUCUCAUAUCAAUAUGCCAGCAGAUAUCGUACAACUAUAUGCUACCCUUUGAGAAUAUACCAGAUGAUCUUGUACCCCUAACAGCACAUUUUAAGCAAUUACUAACUUAUGCUAGCCCCACUCAGCCGUUAACCAUAUACUUAGAUUCAGUCGAUCAAUUGACGGGCACUCAAGACUCAAAUAAGGUAUCCUGGAUACCAACGCGCUUGCCAGCCCACUGUAAGAUCAUCAUUUCGUGUGCAAACGAACCGGCUAAUCCGAUUGUUUCCCAUGAGUAUCAUGUGCUGUGCAAGAUGAUUGAUGUGGAGGAGAACUUCAUAGAGGUGACGGCGCUGGGGGAGGAGCUGGCCAUGAACGUGAUCAAAAUGUGGAUGAAGACAGCGUGUCGCGAUCUGAACAACUAUCAGUGGCGUUUGGUGGCCAAUGCGAUUAGCAAAUGUUCCCUGCCCAUAUUUGUGAAGCUGGUUUUUGCCGAGAUAUGUCGAUGGCGUAGCUAUACGCGUCCACAGGAGACCCAUCUAGCCAAUACAGUGAUGGACUCAAUUAUGUUGCUCUUUGAGCGUGUGGAGAAGCAGCAUGGUCGCAUCCUGGUCUUUCAUGCCCUAGCCUACAUAACGGCCUCCAAAUCGGGCCUAUCCGAAAGCGAACUUGAGGAUUUGAUCUCACUGGACGACAAGGUCUUGGAUGAUGUCUACCAGUAUCAUAUGCCACCAGUGCGCCGUAUUCCCCCACUGCUGUGGACGCGCAUCAGAAACGAUCUGCCCAACUACUUGAGUGAACGGGAAGCGGAUGGCGUCAAUGUUAUGAACUGGUACCACAGACAGUUCAAGGACACAGCCAAGGAACGCUACUUUAAGAACAUGAACAUGGCCAUAUAUUUUCAUUCCAUGAUUGCAGAUUAUUAUUUGGGGAUCUGGGGCGGCGGCAUACCGAAGCCGUUUAAGUUUACGGAGAUUCAGAGACAUCGUUUCGGGCUGGCUGACAAAGAGGGCUCCGCGGAUCGCAAGGUGCCCAUACAGCCGUUGGUCUUCACCAGCAAGGAUGGCCUUUCCAAGCGUUACAACCUGCGUAAGUUCGGAGAGCUGCCUUUUCAUUUUGUGCGCUCGCGGCGCUUCAAGGAUCUGUUCGAGCACGUGCUCUUCAAUUAUGAAUGGCUGCAUGCCAAGCUCUCGAGCUGCCCCCUGCAGGCGGUGCUGGCUGACUUCGAAGAUGCCUCCACCAACACAGAGGACAAGGAGUCGAGGCGUGAACUGAUGCUGGUGGCGGAUGCAUUGCGCUUGGGCGGCGCUAUCUUGGCCAUAUAUCCUAACAUGCUGGCUCCGCAACUUAUCGGACGUUUGCUGCCCGAGAUUGGCGGCAAUCCCAAUAUCAAGAUGUUGCUACGAGCUUGUGAUCGUAGCGGACCCAAGGACUGCGCCUUAAUUCCGGUCAAUCAUUGCCUGCAUACACCCGGCGGACCACUCAAGUACUCACUGGAGGGGCAUCAGUUUGCUGUGUUUGCCUUCUGCCUGACCAGCGAUAUGCGUUACAUGGUCUCGAUAUCGACGCACUUCAUUACCUUUGAUUUGUCCACCUCUGAUCUGACGCGAGAUGUGAAUCCCGGCAUCGAGGGUAUCAUGCAGCAGCUGGUGCUUAGCCCAGACAACAAGUGGGCAGCUGCCUACUCCAACAACAAUCAGACGGUGCUGCUCAACAUGCUUUCCAGUGAGUUUGUAGUGAUUAACAGUCCAUUCGAGGAAAGCGACGGACCAGUUAGCGGCCUGUAUCUGCUGAACCAAAACUUAUUUAUCAUUUGCAAGCUGCGUUGGGCUAAAUUUGAUAUGCGUGGCAAUUUGGUGGAUAUAUUUGAAGUACCGGGCCAGAUUACGGAUUGGGAAAUCUUGACCAUGGAAUUCUUCAGCCCAAAAGAUUACAAUGUCAUCUUCUGGUCGGGCUCCAUUAAUGAAAUACGUUUGCGUUUGGACUCGUGCCGCUCAGGCAACUACUCCAAUUCGGUGCACUUCUUCAGUGCUUUGGUCAUGAACAAAGGACGCACGCGCGCCUAUGGCUGUGCCAGCAACGAUAACUUUGAAGUAUCCGUCUACGAAUUCACUGAGAACGAGGAAACUGGUGAAAUAUACUGGACCUACCUGGAGAAACUGCCCCGCUAUGAGAAUGAUGACAAGGAAAUGCUGCUGCAGCUGCGCUUGGAUCAGCAUCAGCACGAUCGCAUGCUGCUUGGCACCGCCGGCAAGGGCUUUGUCAUCUGGGAUUUUGGCAGCCAGGAAAAGGAAAGUGAGCGUGAACCCAUAACUGAGGGCGCAAUGUACCUGGCUCUGCCGCAUGGCGUCAGGAACAUAACCACCCGCAUCAUGCAAUCGAAUUCCAUUAUGGUCAGCUCCAAAUUGGACUAUGCGGUGGCUGGCGUACGCAAGAAUCUGUACGUUUGGUGCCUCCACACCGGACAGCUGGCCAAGGUCUUGGAUGCACAUUUCGGACGCAUUAUACAACUAGAGCCGCUAACCAUUGGCAAUUGGAACAAUUUGGUUACUUCCUCCAUAGAUCGCUCCGUAAAGGUGUGGAACAUAAAUAAUAUAUUUGAAAAGGUUCACGUAAUUGAUCGUCAUGAGCUGCAAAUCGAUGACAUCAGUCUCUCCGAGGUGGAUAUAGCUGUGACGGUGACACGCAGCUGUGUUGGCGUCUGGGAGACGCGCUCCGGACGCCUGCUAGCCAAGCUGGCCGACAGUCCCUUAGGCGCUAUUGUUACGCAUGCUGAAAUCACGCCAGACGGUCGAUAUAUCAUCUCUUCGGAAACGGGCAAAUUUUUAAUCUGGAAUCGUGUAUCCGAGCAAGUGGUUUAUCGCGAUGAUCAGCCGGGCAUACAGCAGAUAACGCUCAUGGAUUAUGGAUAUAAGGUUCUCGCCGUAUCGGUGCCCAACAUCAAUCAGCGAGAUAUCAUUGCGGCGGCGUCGGCGGGUGCCGAUGAAGCGAACCGCUUAACGGCCAUAACAACACUUCGUUCGAUUCCAGAGGGAAAUAUACUAUUUCGCUUUGAUUUUCCCAUACGCAUGGUGACUGGCAUGCCGUUUCGCCAAUCAGUUAUCACAGCUGACAAGGCCUACAUCAUAGUGGUUACUUUGGACAAAUCCAACAAAGAUUGCCUGGGGGUUUAUAGCGCCACAAAUGGCGCAUUCGUAUCCAAAAUACUGCUCAAGGGUUGUGCCAUUAAGGAGGUUUUCUCGCUGGUGCCCAUGCCGCACAAGGCCAAUCAAGUGGCUGUGAUCAGCAGCGAGAAGGGCAGCAUUAUGGACAUUAAGAGCAAGAAGCAUGUCCGCUCCAUAGCUAAAUGGGGUGGCAGCCUCACACGGGAUGGCAAAUGCGGUCUAUAUGCCCCAACGAGAGGUGGCCUGGAACUACUAGAGCUGCGCAAAGGCACCACGGUAAAAACAUUUAUACCAAAGGUGGCCGAGGGCGUCUUCUCCGUCAUUUGCAUAUUUACGGAAAACGAUGAGUAUGUGGCGUAUUAUCAUAGCGGCAGGAAGACAAUUCGCGUCUUUCGCACCGCCGACACAGAGAUGUUAGCCAACUAUAGGCUUCAAGCCGAGCUUACCGCCAUCAAAAGCAGCAAAGAUGGACGUGCCAUUGUGCUGGGCACUGUCGAUGGCUGUAUGUCAGUGUUGGCCAUUGUGGAUCCCAAAAAGGAGGAAAUGAUGGAGUACUUGAAUGAGCUGCCGUCGCGCGAUGAGAACUGGAAGGCCAAGCUAGCUAAGAUGAAGGCGCGCGUUGGUUUUAAGGCGGCUAUACGAGUAGCUACCAUUUCCUCGCGCUAUGCCAGGCCCAAGAAUGGCGAGGGUGACGGCGAGGAUGAAGAGCUAACGGAAAUAACCGAGGACAUGGUGCCCGUGGCGGAUUAGAUGAAGUAUAAAUAUAACAUUUAUUUUUUCUUUUGCAUAAAUAAUGGGCAUGGUACAAAAAAUACGUGUACGUGGAUGUGGAUGUGUGUGUGUGUGUGUGUGUUGCGGUUGUUAAUCUUGAUAUAGCUUAAGCUAAAUAAUUGUUAAAAAACAAAACGAAACUGAUAGCGUAGUAAAUUGUUUGUUAUAUAGUUACGAGCUUGCAUGUAGCAUAUUUGUAAAGUUUAAAUAAUAGUUUUUCUUUUUAAAUCGCACUGCGCGCUUCGGCCCUUUGUCUGGCCUGGCUUAAAACAAUUUCAAUUGGAAACAGCGACAUAACAAGGUUUAUACAUAAUAUGUUUCGAGGAAAAAACAGUUUUUUAUUAACACACAAAUCUUUAACAUAUGGUAACUUGUAUCAACUUGAAAUUUUAAUUCAUUAAUAGGAUAAGCUUUAAAUGAUUGUAAAAUAAGCAAGGAACUAACUUAACGUCAUGUGGAACAUACUAAAAAUUGUAAUCUCAACUCAGGCAAUC